AUGCUAAAAGAACCGGCAGUUACCCUCCACUUGACAAAGGCAGACCCCUCUUGGUUGGACCCAAUCGUCGAUUUCCUUAAAAGCGGCAAACUCCCUGACGACGAGAAAGUAGCUAAAGUGCUGAGAAGGGAGGCAGCAAAAUACACGACCAUACAGGGACAACUAUAUAAAAAGGGACUCAGCCAGCCCCUACUGAAGUGCCUACACCCCGAACAAAUGGAUUACGUGCUCAAGGAAGUCCACGAAGGGUGCUGCGGCCAUCAUAUCGGGGGCAAAGCCCUAGCAAGAAAACUCAUCCGAGCUGGAUACUACUGGCCGUCGAUGAUGGAAGAUUCCAAAGAAUUUGUAAUCACUCGAUUUGGCAUCCCAGAAGUCGUCAUCUCGGACAACAGGACACAAUUCACUGACAAAAAGUUCAUAGAAUUCCUCAACGGCCUGGGUAUAAAGCAGAGGUUCUCUUCAGUAGAGCACCCCCAGACAAAUGGACAAGUCGAGUCCGUAAAUAAGAUAAUCUUACAAGGCCUCAAGAAGCGUCUGGGUGACAAAAAAGGUGCAUGGGCUGAUGAACUCGCUUCAAUCCUUUGGUCUUACCGAACAACCGAGCAAUCCUCCACGAGAGAAACCCCUUUCCGCCUGACAUACGGAGUAGAUGCGAUGGUACCCAUGGAAAUAGGCGAGCCGAGCCCAUGA